AUGUCCCUCAAAAUCGUUUUAACAGGUGCUACGGGCUUCGUUGGCGGGGAGGUUCUGGCCCAAUGCCUGCGCAAUCCUGCCAUUUCCUCCAUUGUUGUGCUCAGUCGACGACCACUCCCCAUCACCACACACGACCCAAAGGUUAAAGAAUUCAUCAUGAAGGAUUUCACUGUCUACACAGAGGAGGUGAAACGCGAGUUCAAAGAAGCAGAUGCAUGUAUCUGGGCUCUCGGUGCACGUGCUGCUGUUCCAGAAGUUGAAAUCGACUACCCUCUGGCUCUGGGGGACACGAUCCUUUCUGUUCGGUCGAGCACAAAACCAUUCCGCUAUGUCUAUUGCAGUGGAAUGUUCUCGGAGCGAGAUCAGACCAAACCGUUGUGGAAGUCGCAGACUGUUCGGCGCGUCAAGGGCCGAGCUGAGUCCAGCAUGCUAGACUUCUCUCAGUUGCGUGGAAAAGCAGUGUGGGAAACGUACAUUGUGAAGCCAGCGAUGAUCAUCCGACCUGCUGGAGGCACGCUCAAAAAGCUUAUUUCGAACGCAGUCUUUGGCACUGUCCGUGUGGACGAGCUUGCUGCCGCCAUGAUAGAACUCGUGACCAGAGGCGCGCAGAAAGACACGUUCGAGAAUGCAGAGAUCGUCCAGCUGGGGAAGGAAAUGUUGGCAAUGGAUUAA